GGAGGAAGGAGGAAGGAGGAAGGGCGGGCCGCGGCGGAUACCGGCGGGGGAACCGGGGGCUGCAGCACCGGCCUGCACGAUGUCUGCGCGCAACCCGGGCACCGAGCUCGACCUCAGCUGGAUCUCCAAAAUACAAGUGAAUCAGCCGGCAGUUCUGAGGCGGGCAGAGCAAAUCCAGGCGCGCAGAACCGUGAAAAAGGAGUGGCAAGCUGCUUGGCUUCUGAAAGCUGUUACCUUUAUAGAUCUUACUACACUUUCAGGCGAUGACACCUAUUCCAACAUUAAAAGGCUCUGUUACAAAGCCAAGUACCCAAUCCGGGAAGAUCUCCUAAAAGCUUUAAACAUGCACGACAAAGGCAUCACCACAGCGGCCGUCUGUGUCUACCCGGCGCGCGUGUGCGACGCAGUGAAAGCGCUGAGAGCUGCAGGCUGUGACAUCCCUGUGGCGUCAGUGGCCACUGGCUUUCCAUCUGGACAGACUCAUUUAAAAACACGAUUAGAAGAGAUCAAAUUGGCUGUGGAAGAUGGAGCUAUGGAAAUCGACGUGGUAAUUAACAGGACCCUGGUGCUGACAGGCCAGUGGGAAACCCUGUAUGAUGAGAUUCGUCAGUUCCGCAAGGCCUGUGGGACAGCUCAUCUCAAAACCAUCUUAGCGACGGGAGAACUUGGAUCUCUGACUAAUGUCUACAAAGCCAGUAUGAUAGCAAUGAUGGCAGGGUCAGAUUUUAUUAAGACUUCUACUGGGAAAGAAGCAGUAAAUGCCACCUUCCCGGUGGCUAUAGUAAUGCUACGCGCCAUUAGAGAUUUCUUCUGGAAAACCGGAAACAAGAUAGGCUUUAAGCCAGCAGGAGGCAUCCGCAUGGCCAAGGAUUCCCUCGCUUGGCUCUCCCUGGUGAAGGAGGAGCUAGGAGACGAGUGGCUGAAGCCAGAACUCUUCCGAAUAGGUGCCAGUGCUCUGCUUUUGGACAUCGAGAGACAGAUUUAUCAUCACGUGACUGGAAGAUAUGCAGCUUAUCAUGAUCUUCCAAUGUCUUAAAUCAGCAACAAAUUCCAGAGAAGUUUUUUUUACAAUGUUUAAAAUUUUUUUGGACAUAAUUUUUAAAAUUACUUAAUUAAAAAAUGAGGGAACAGAUAACUGUCUUUUUUCCCUUGAAAUAUCCAUGAAACGUAAUUCAAAGGAUGAAAGAAAAGUACCAACUAAUCCACAUACGGCACUCACUUCAGGCACAUACGAAAUGGUCUUCGUCACUAGAUCUGUACUGGUAACUUCGUGAAGGUUUUCUCUUAAACACUCCGAGUAAAAUGUUAGUGAUAGCUUUGACACCAUUAAAUUCGGAGGGGAAAAAUGUUGAACUGCCCAAGAAACGUGCUGUAGCAAAGGAGAGUGUGCGUCCCUGGCCUGCUGCUGCACCUGAACUGCUCCAGGAGGCGGCUGGCUCGGCACCCAUUUCCUGCCAUGAAAAUCCCUCUUUCAUUUUGGCAACAGAUAUGCUCUUUUAUGGUUUUGUUAAUGAAGUUUCUGUCAUUAUUUACAAAAUUAUGGAUGUCAUGUGUUUUAAAUAAAAAACAAACCCUUGUAUUUGUUUAUUUUUUAACUUUAAAUUGUAUAGUACAUAUUGAAAAAUUAAUCCAUGAAAUAUAUGAAGAGGUUUUAUUAAUGAUUUUUUAAAUCCUGAAUCUCUCCAGUAGACUCCGUGGGUGUUAUUCUCAGAUAAAGCACCCCUUCUCAGUACAUUAUUAGUGAAUACAACUUAGAUACAUAUUCUGAAACUUUGAAGAUUUUGCUGGUAUAGGGAAUAGGGGUAAAACAGCAGAAAAUAAUGUAGCACAGUAAGUGUUAAACUCUUUACAUACAUCAGUGUAUUUAAUCCUUGUUUAAUCCCUUCAACAGCUAUGUAAGUACAUUAAGGUUUCAAUCCUUCCAAAAAUGAAUACUGAUAUUAUCAUCCUUUUAUACAGAUGAGUGACUUAGGCCCAGAGAGCUUACGGAAGUUGCCAAAGAUCACAGAGCUUAAAAGUAGCAGUCCAGAAUCAAGGCCAGGCGGACACCAUGGCCCCCAAGUCUGUGCAGUCACUCCCGAGUGUAGCCAUCCCUGCUGUCACAUAGGCACACACACUGAGCUCACUGUCAGCUACCCGGAGUGACAGUCUGCGCUGUUGUCUGUGGCUCACUUUGCCCACUGAGGUCUCUCAGCUUUACACCUCUGCCUGUUCUGCUCGCUAGCACCUUUACCACGUUAUAGAACCUCUUCCUUCUAAAACUGUGAUUUUUUUAUGGAAUCUUUUCCUUCCUGAAUGAAUCUCCAGCUACUCAUACAUGAGUAAUGCUAGACUGGGAGUCAGUUGUGUUUGCAUCUCUCAUCUGCCAAAUUCUGGCCCAGCCUUUUCCUCAUUCUCGCUUUGUGACCUCUGUCCAGUCAGGUCACCGCUCUGGACCUCAGUUUCUUCGUCUGUAAAAUGAAAGGGUUGAGGCAGGUGAUAUGAAGGUGCUUUUAGCCCUGGAGUUAUAGUAUCCUAGGGAUAUUGAUAACAAAUCCAAGAAAAUGUUCUAUGGCUAUAAAGAGAAAAAUUGAUUGUAGCAAUCUAAAUUAGAAUUUGCCUCUCAGGAGUCAAUUAGGCCCGUCCCUCAAAGCUCCUCUCCAACCCUAAGUGAAAGGCUUAAUGUAAGAAUGGAAAAGUAAUCCUACUUUCAUCCAACACCUUCAGAAAGCUGACUUUUGACUUACGCCUUUAGAUAUGGUCAGUGGUUCCAAAGGCCAUACCCUCCUUCAUAACGUGACCGACCAGCUCAAUGGUCAGUCACCCUUGGAGAAGAAACUUUACAGUAAAUAAUUACAUGCUAUUACCUUUGAAGCCAUUCCAAUUUCUCAGGGGUUCUGUUUUCCUCCUGUUAAACCCAGCUGGUCAUUUUAGUUGAUCAAGUGAACAGGCCUCAUUAUCUUCAAUUCUAAUUUAUAUGAGGCAUACACUGAAAUUGACCUCUGCAGACAAUUACAGAUUCACAUAGGAAAUUACGAUUGGUGAGUCCCUCAGACCUAUUAGAGGCUGAUGAGCAUGGCCUGAUCUAAAAGUAAGCAAUCUUGUAUUUUGGGGGGACAGUUUAUUCCAAGGACUAUUGGCCUCUUCAUCAGGAAUGUUACCUUACCUGGCUCUCGAAAUGUAACCUAGAUGACUAAUAGGAAGACCCCAGUGAAUGCUGAGAGCUGUGAAAGCAUAAGAGGAGGAGGUCAUUUUUGAGGUGACUGAUUUACUACAAGCAGAUGUGUCUACUUGAGAACCCUGGGAUGCUUUGUGCAAUGAGAAAAUGAGUUCUGCUGUGUGAUGUUUAAAGCUUCUAAGUCAAUAAAAGCAAUCUCAGCAAUCUCCCUGAAAAUUGUCACAAUUGUUCAAUAAAACAUACUAAGUCUUAAAGUUAUUUUCAUACAACCAAUCAUAAAGUUUAGGGGCUUAAAGUUCUGUCCAUCAUUUUUUACAUGAGAAAAGACACGUACACAAGGUCACAUAGAAAGUCGUAGCUGAGCCCAUAACCUAGAUCCACAUCGUGCCAUGAGGUACUGUCCAAGACAUAGCCAGGGCUUUGCAAUGGAAAAUUCCUUAGUUGUCUAUAAACCCUGCCACACCUGGUAUGUUGGUCAGCAUGUGAACGUUUGACUUUCAAAAGACGCACUUUGGCCUUCUAAGUAGUGUUUUGGCAAAGACCAACCACCUAGAUAAAUUUAGUCCGAAUGAUAAUGUGGUUAAUUUUAUCUGUUAGACUUUCAGAAUUUUUGGUGACCUCAAGAACUGAAUUUUUUUUAAAAGGAAGUUCAAUGUUGCUUUUUGUAAGAAAAAAAAGAUGGGGGCUUAUUUGGACUCUAGUUUGUCUACAAAUGGAGAGAAAAUGAUUACUGUGAUCACAAAACGGUUUCAUAAAUACAGAAUCAUCUCGCUGUGGAUUAUUUCAGCACUAAUGGGAAACUUAGACAAAUUAGUUUGUGUGAAAUACAGCAUCUGAGGAGACCUGUUCCACAUGGGAACUGUUUCACGUAUCUACCAGGACGUGCAUCCUCACAAGAACAUGACGUGGUAUCUCGCCAGAUGGAGCAGUGAGUUUGCUAUGUUGUAUGUAGAUGUCUUAAGCCCGAUCUAGAAAAACCAAAUCAGUUUCUUUGGAAAAAUCAGCUUGCACUUGUAGUUCAGAGGGAGACCAGUAUUAAUUUUUCUCCCAUCAACGCGAUCAUUUUUUAUACAACAUAAAUAGGGCCAGAGUGCGGGAAUAGAAAGUAGGAGA